AUGAAGCAAGGAAUUAUCUUUUUCUGUUUGGUUAUUGCGAGCGUCAGCGGGAAUAAAAUGAUAAUUAACGAUCGCCAGCAAGAAAAUUCUUUAGGACGUCUGAAGCACGAUGCGAGGGAAUUGGUUGAAAUGUGUUUCACCAAUAAUUCAAAUCUAGUGAUGAUCUCCGAGGAUUUGCUCGAUGAUAAUUGGAACCAUGGGGAAAAUUCGCUGAUUGUAAUCGACCACAAAUUCAACAAACAGAUCACAGGUUUUCUCCCUGCGUAUCCGAUAUAUAUCCUUUCAUUUAGAUCGAUCGAUAAUCUAAAACCGGUCGUCGACAAUCUCCAAAGAUCAAAGUUUUGGAACACAGGAUCGCCGUUUCUGAUGGUCAGAACCGGGUCGCGUUGUUCCAACACCAAGAAAAUACUAGAGUUCAUGUGGAACCGAGAUUUUCUCUCUGUUUAUUACCUGUGCAAGAAUAAAAAUUCGUCGGUAAUCUACAUGCUGAAUCCUUAUGCAAGCUACGCUCCGGCGCCAUGGAAGCUGAUUGAAAAAUUUGAGGACUAUACUGGAGAAACAAAAAUUUCAAUUGUGACCAAAAAGACUGAUUUUCUAACGGGAAUCAGCGAAAUAAUUAACAAUGAACAGUUUGUAAUCGGAAUAAGCUUGCUGUUAAUCAUGUUUACAAUAGUAAUGGUGAUCAUCAUCAAGGAUGACAUAGGUUUAGCUGUAAUGAAAAUGGCGAGGUUAGUUACUGGUAUGGCGCUUGAAACUCCACUCAAUCGUCUUGCGAUAAAGGUUAUAUUCUUCUUUGGUUUCCUGUUUACGUUUCUGAUAGUUCCUGAUUGUCUGGGCAACAUAACAGCUACGUUAACGAAUCCUCCGAAGCGUAACGUCGAUAGUCUGGAGGAUUUCUAUGAGAACUAA